GAUUGAUAGUGUACCAGACACUACACCGUUAUACCUACACCUCCUUUAAAUACUAUACUAUAUCAUGAAAAUCAUUCUUAUUUUAUAGUAAUAACAGUAGGAACAAACUGUAUUCUUUUUUGUAAGCAAUUCAUGAAAAACAAACCAAAUGGUCAAAUGAAUCUAAGCAUACGGUCAACAAUAAUUUUAUUGACUCCGAUCAAUGCACGGGAAUGAAUAAAGACGCGGAUCUAACGCCGCACCUAUAUAUUGCAGCCAAAUUAAUCAACCCGCAUGUAUGUUCUUCACCUAUUUUAUUGGCUUUCAAUAUUUUAAUAAUUUUUUAACAAUAAAUACGGGUAAGUUACUUGAGAAUACAUCAUAUCCAAGUUCGUAAACCUACAAAUGACAUGUUUAAAGUAAUAUAGGAUUUAUGCAAAAUGCCCAUAUAGUACAUGUGUAUAUAUGUAAUAUAUUUCUAAAAGGGUAUUAUUAGUUUUUCUGAGUAUUUCCCAGUCGGUUUGUUAAAUUAAUUAAAAUAAUCCAAGAAAAGACAAAUCGUAUCCAAAAUGAAAUUUCGUAAUUAUAUAAUUUUCCUCAAAAUAUGGUUACUUUUGUUGCAUGUUAUUGUAUGUAAUGGUGACUAUGGAAAAGCUUCCUACGAUCAAGUGGAUAGUGAAUACAAGGAUGCAGUAGAACAAGAAAUAGUCAAAGCACCUUUGAGUUUCAUGCCAGUUUGCAAACCUCAACAAAUACAUACAUUUUCUCAAAAACAAAUUCGAUGUGCAUGCGGGAUCAAAUGUCAAUACUUAUGUCAAGCAAAGACGACAAAAGAAAAAGGUGAACAAGGAAAAACAUGCAGAAGAGUGUGUCAUCAAAAACCAUGUUACCGUCCAUCAAUACACAAAGUUUACCACUAUAGCCUAGCAGGUGGUCUCUGUAGAAUUAAUGAUGUAAUCAAAGGUUCCACUUUCAAAGUUUUCCCAGACUCCUAUACUCUUUGUAAAUAAAAUUGAUAACUGUGACUAGUACAUCAUUCUCUGUUUAUAGUUGUAUUUAGAGAAUUUGAAGAUAAUUGAACAAUACACUUUUGUUGAAUUAGCACGAGUUCCUAUCGUAUUUUCGGCACAUUUAAGACUGGUCGACACAUUCUGUUUAUUAGUCAGACAGAGCAUAAUUGGUUACUAAGUAAUAGGCAAAAAAUUAUUAACAGGAGAUAUUUGAAAAUCAAGUAGUUCAACGAUUUAUGAGGUCAAACAGGUAUUCUCGGUGGAAUUGGAUGGUCGUAGUUAUUUCGCGAAUUAACCAGUGUUGAAGAUGUAAAUAAUUGGAUUCUGACUCAGCAGUCUAAAAUUAAUGCGCUCCUCAUAAGACCUGAAGGUUACGACUCCUACCAUGAAUAUAGUUUUCAAUACGGAAGAGUCCAAAACUAGAAUAAAGCACCUCUUGAUUAUCCACGGUUUAUAAUGGUUCUCUCCUUAUCUGGUGUCUAAUAAAACUAAUCGUUCCAAGAUCCCAAAGAGCUGCAGCGGUAUAUGUAGAAAAACUCAGCCAUAACGUGUUGAACUAACCUUUGUACCUAAACUAAACAAUUAAAAACUUGUCCCACGUAUCUUUCCUUGAAUUGAAACCAUUAAAUUAAUAGUCUGGUGAAAUAAAUGUCAUACACUAGAAAAGUUGUAACAUUAAAUUUGGCUCAAGUAUUGACGACUCCAUGUAAACAUUUAUCGAAUAUUUUCGACAUUGUUAACUUUAAAAUAUAUCCUCAAACUCUGCUAUCAUCGAAUAUUGAUUUAUGUAACAUCAAAAUGUUGUCUGAAUGAAGUGAGAAACGACAAGAAUAUGAAUAUCUUUAUUCAACUAAUGCUAGAUAAUUGACAAUAACUAGUCGACACUCAAAACUAUUCAUCAAGCUUGUAACUUGAGUUUCAUUUAACACAUUUUCCAAUGAUAGUUAAUCUUACUUUUACUUGUAAUAAUAUGGCCAAUAAUACACAUAUGAUUAUUUUAAAGCAAUAUUGCUAAAAAUGUAUUAAGUCAGAAACAAUGGCGAUAUUGUUUUUCAACAAUAACCUUUCAUUUUUAUUUUUCCAAGCCGUUUCAAACAAUAUUCUUAAUAUUCUGAUUUUACAAGGUGGAAUGUUUGUACAUAUCAUGCAAAGUGUGAAGGUAAAACACGUAGAUGGGUACAAUAUCAUCUUUCUUCAUGUCAAAGAGCAAAUACACGACAACGAUUCAAGUUAUGGUUUAAAGAUAUAUAGUUAUUAUAAAAAUAUAUACAUCUAUAUUUACCACUGACAACUUCCAUUCUCUCUUUUGUGUGAUCAAUAUUUAUAAUAAAAUCCUAGUAAGAAAUAUCUCAGACAUUUUUUCUAAAUGCUUCUACGAUUACUAUUACUUGUCAUUUCGAUCAUUUUACUUUUUAUUUGUACGACCGAAAAUACAAAUAAAACAUUUUAUUGAAAUCAGAUUUCAC